AUGACGAUCUCUUUCCAUCCCGUCCACUCCACUACCCUGCUGGUGGGCGGCAUUCUUUCAUUUUAUUUUGCCUUGCGAGGCCCCGCUUGCCUAUCUGACGUUGCGCUUACUCUUUCCACUUUAUCUGCGUGCGCGGAGAACCUUCAUCUUGCACUCAGCUCACCGCCUGGGCGCAUUCCAAUGCAAAUGUCACCAGAAGAUCUCGCAACUGCUGUCACGUCUAUCAAGUCGAUGAACGUUAGUAGAGACUGCAGAAGUACAGAGCAUCCUAUUCUCCCCAAUGGGGUGGCAACUGCGAUCAGUUCCUUCGAAAAGUACCCACUCCUCGCAAGCAAUGCUAUCCAACGAAAGCAUGGGGGAUACUCAAAGCAGAGUUCCAAAGAAAAGUUGAUAAGCAAUAAACUUGGCUAUAGUUUGCACUUCGAGAAAGCUAGGAAGGGCAUUGAAAUGAAUGCUCGACUUACAGGACAAGUGGCACAACUGGGAAGGGAGUUGUACAAUACUGGCCCUGAAGCCCUAGAGAAUGAAGCACCAGUUGAUUUCGGACUGGUAGACUCAGCUUUUGGACACCUUGUGCGGGAUUGGAGCACGCAGGGCUUGAAUGAACGUCGGGCUGUGUUUCCACCUAUUCUGGAAGCUCUUGAACAACAUUUUGGACUGAACAGUAUGAAUAGAAAGGUGCUUGUUCCAGGUACAGGAUACAAUGUCACAGCCAAUGAUCUGGAUUACGGGUCCAUACUUAUCUAUCACCUGCUGGCAAACCAUACUACCUCGCUACAUCAGCACGCAAUUCAACCCUUCGUUACGAAAUGGGCGCAUCAGGCCGAUUCUUCUUCGCGCUACUCUGCCAUAACUGUUCCCGACCAUAUGCCCAAUAGGACCGUCGAACUCGUCGAGGGUGAUUUCUUGAAGGUGUUCCCUCAGGAUGCCGAGUUUGAUGCAGUUGUCACUCUGUUCUUCAUCGAUAUGUCUGACAACGUGAUCGACUUCUUGAGCAACAUCCAUCGGCUGCUCAAGCCUGGUGGCAUAUGGAUCAAUCUAGGACCGCUCAAGUGGGACGGUUCUUCGAUCCUUCAACUAUCUGCAGACGAAGUUCUUCAAUUGGCAGAGCUACUUGGGUUCGAUGUCAAUCAUGAGUCAAGGAAGAGCAUACACAGCACCUAUGGUGCGCAACCUGAAUCGUUACUAAGGUUUACUUAUGGUAAGUAUCUUGCCUUUGAAAUAUCCAAAAUUCCUCGUUGUGGUAUGUAG